UCUUUUGUGUGUGUCCAGGAUUGUGUAUUCUGUGUGUUGUGCUGUCACAGCAGCAAAGCCCAAGAAGAAGGAAAAAGUAUGGAGUGUGAGUAUUUUUGAGAGUGUUUUUAUUUACAGAGUUUGAAGAGAGGGGACAUGUCCAAGUUCUUCCCAACAGCUAUAUUCUUUGCUUAUUCAUGCCUUACCAGAUCCCAAAGAAUGUGAUUGAAUGGUUGCAUACUCGCCGAUUACAUGAUUCAUUGAUAGAAUUAUCUAUGCCAACUCAAAACUUGGACAAGAAAUUUUUCAGUCAAAGUUCUGUCCAGUCAAUGCCUCUCUAUACUACUAAUUGCAUGUCGUGGAAUCCAAUUGAACGAGAAAUUCCACAAUCUUCGUCCAAGGAUGCAAGCUUUAAAGUGGAAUUUACGCCACAAGUUCAUCACGAUGCAAAGCAUUUAGGACUUCAACUGCUACCGGACCAGGGAUCAUCAUCCACAACACAAACAAUUAGCCAAUCUCAAGAUCGAUGCAAUUCAUCAGAAUCUGGUGAAGAUGAAAUAUGUGGCAAGGGUGUUGAAGGCCAAAUGAAGCCAGUUUACUUGCUGAAUAAUCUAGACCUCAUGUCAAAUCCUUCUCAAGUUGGUUACGGAAAUUUAAUGGGUCGUGUACCAUAUCCUUAUGCCGAUCCUUACUUCAGUGGGUUCUUGGCUGCAUAUGGACCACAGGCUAUGCCCCAGAUGAUCGCACCUACGCGAGUUCCAUUACCUCUUGAUCUGGCAGAAGAUGGACCCAUCUAUGUCAAUGCGAAACAGUACCAUGGCAUCCUCAGAAGGAGACAGUCUCGUGCAAAACUAGAGGCUCAAAACAAACUUCUCAAAGCUCGAAAGCCAUAUCUCCAUGAGUCUCGCCAUCUUCAUGCCCUGAACAGGGUAAGGGGCUCUGGUGGACGUUUUCUCAGCACAAAGAGGCUCCAACAAUCUGAUCAGAACCCCUCCAGUAGCACCCAUGAUGUUCCGGACUCUGUCAACUUACAUCAGAAAGAUACACAGGACACAGAAAGUCAUCACUUGGGAAGCAGUGAAUUCGUCACUGCCGUUGCAACCCACUCAGACAUAGCAAGUGUUUCCCAUACCAAUGAUAUCUUUCGGCAGCAGGAUCGCAGGUUCUCAGGCAUCCCUUCCCACAUGGGUGGAGCCAUGCAAUUCCGCGGGGGGCUUAUGCGUGCUGGAACCCAGCAUUGUGCUUCAGUUGUCCGGUGAGAGGCGAGCACGAACAAGACUGUCUCACCAGUUUGGCAAAUCAUCCUUGGCUUUACCACUCUAAGAGUCUAGACUCUACCUUUUAUGCAUCUAAUGGAAAUGGCAUUCGAAGACACAUUACAGCCGUAAGGUCUAUAGUAUGUAUUAAAUAUUAUCCUAAUCCUUUACUUAACAUUGAUGAACGGGAUUGUGUUUCGGUGAUACCCUUCUUAUUACGAAAAGUUUGGUUAUUAUUAGAUUCCAAUAUUCUCAUUCUUACGAGCAGUCCUUUGCAUUCUUGUGGGAAAUUCCUUGCAUAAGAUUGGAUCAUGAAACACAAGGAAAUUUGGGCCGUAAUAUCUAUAUAUAUGCUUGCAGCUAGUCUGAUC